AUGGAUAUUAAUAGUCGGCAAUCCGUUGCCGAUGCGGCGAGCCAGGCGGCCUAUAGUAUGAUGAGAUGGUAUGCCGGUAAUGAAACCGGUCAGAUUCCAGGAAAACUUAUCGAUACGUGGUGGGAAGGCGGUGCGAUGUUUAUGGCGCUGAUUCAAUACUGGCAUUUCACUGGCGACACAACAUACAACGAUGAAGUGACUGUGGGUAUGGAGUUUCAAGCGGGAAAUGGCGAUUACAUGCCGUCGAAUUACAGUAAUUACAUUGGUAACGACGAUCAAAUGUUCUGGGGUCUUGCUGCCAUGACCGCUGCCGAGCUAGCGUACCCAGAAGCCGCCAAAGGAUAUUCAUGGCUUUCACUCGCGCAAGGUGUCUUUAAUACUCAAGUGCAACGGUGGGAUACAUCGGCUUGCGGCGGCGGAAUGAGAUGGCAGAUCUGGAGCUGGGAGGCGGGUUAUACGAUGAAGAACAGUAUUUCGAACGGCGGUCUCUUCCAGUUGUCUGCCAGACUGGCCCGAUAUACGUAUAACGAAACAUACGCCGACUGGGCAACUAAGAUUUGGAACUGGAGUACCGCUGGCCAGACCCCCCUAGUCGACACCCAGCAGUGGAAAAUUGGCGAUUCGGUUAGCAUGAGCGAUAAUUGUUCGACGGUGGAUCACACAGAAUGGUCGUAUAAUUACGGCACUUAUCUAAGUGGAGCUGCAUAUAUGUAUAAUUAUACCAACGGAUCAGCUGAAUGGCUAUCGGCUGUAAAUGGAUUAUUGGGUUCGACUUUGAGCAAAUUCGCAGGCAGUGACUACGGGAACGUUCUCACCGAAGAUUGUGAAACGACUGAGCUCUGCAAUCGUAACGAGAUUCUCUUCAAGGGGCUUACUGCGGGAUGGAUGGCCUUUGUCGCUUUGAUCGUUCCGUCGACAUAUAACACUAUCAUGUCUAGUUUACAAACUUCUGGCGUAGCUGCCGCUGCAUCUUGUGUGGGUUACAACAACAACACUUGCGGUGUGAAAUGGUACACCAAGAGCUGGGACAAUCAAAACGGGCUCGAAGAGCAGAUGAGCGCAUUGAAUAUCUUUUGGGCGAAUCUUAUCAUGACGAAUAACGCUAGCUUAUACGCUCCAGUGACGUCGCGCACAGGAGGAAAUAGUUCCAGCAAUCCUACAGCUGGAAGCACAGACCCAGUCAGCACUACCAAAAAAUUGGCGGCUAUCAGUACUGCUGAUAAAGCCGGUGCUGGUAUAUUGACUGCCCUGUUUGCUGCAGUUAUUAUUGCGGUAGUCUACUGGACGGUGGCAGGCAGUGAAUAG